AUGCAUGGUACUGUACAUACAGGAACGGUGGUGGCAUUGUUAUGCAUAGAUGAACACUCAUUAUCCCUAGGAGUUGACUUAGAUGGCCUUUUGGACGUGUUUGGUUCUCUUUUGCUAGAGCUACUUGCUAUUUCUACUAUGGCUGAAUUUAUUUUUCUGGUUGUCAUUGCUUCCGCUUGUGAUUAUCUAUAUAGGCUUUUAUCGGGCUACACUUUUAUCGGAGGAAGGUUCAUUGUUGUUAGUGGAGAUGUUCUUAGCAAUGAUGGAGUGGUGUUUGGUAAUGCCAUAACAUUCGGGGUGAAUGUUUGGAUUAAAUUGAUUGGGCUAAAGAGUGACUAUGUUAUGGGACGUGAGGCUGCUUGCUUAUGUUUCAUGGUAGUUUCAGAUGCCACCAAUGAUGCUAUGUAG